AUGGGAUUGGAAAUCUUCAGGCAGGUACCAAACCUGGAUGCAGUGGUGCUCCCUGCUGGAGGCCUAUGUGGACUUUUGGCAGGCUCUGCAGCUGCACUGAAACAACUCAACCCUGAAAUCUCUGUGAUUGGUGUCCAGCCUGAGAGUUUCCCUGUCCUACAGCAUUCUCUAAGGAUGGGCCAGCUUGUAGAUGGGGACAAUCAUAUGUUCUAUAGAGAUCUGAGUGAGCCAUGCUCCAGGAAAAAUACGCUGCAGCUAGUGGGGCAGCUCGUGGAUAAGAUUGUCACAGUGACGGAAGAAGAUAUUUUGAUCGCCAUGCUGAGACUACUGGAGUAUGAGAGAGUCACAGUAGAUGCUGAGGGUGCCAUUGGUCUAGCUGCCAUUGUGGCUGGCAAGUUACCAGAGUUUAAGGGUAAAAGAGUGGCUGUGGCCUUGAGCAGUGGAAACCUUAGCCUGAACCUCCUGCAGCAAUGCAUCCAGAGGGCCCUGACCUUGGAUAGCCGGAUUUGCAAGUUCUCCCUCUGGGUGGGUGAUGGCACAGGAGAUAUUUCCAAGCUGCUGGAGAUCCUGGAUCGAGAGGCAGUAAGGGUUCUGGACAUUCAGAAGGAACAUGGGUUUGUGACCUCUAAGCUCUUCACAACAAAGGUCACUUGUGUUGCUGAGACUAGAGACAAGCAACAAGCGACUCAGCUCCGAAGUGCCCUAUUAGAACGCUACCCAGCCCUGGAGUGGUUGCAGUAGUAAGAGAGCGUUAGUUACAUCACCAGGCACCAGCUAUGGCAUUAUCUUUAUCCAUCCCAAGAAGCCCCUCUGGUUGUAGGUCCUCGAUGGCAGAUUUAACUCUAAAUCUGGCUCUGUUGUUACCUUUCGAGACUAUUCUAGGAGAGUCACAACCUCUGUGGUCUUCCGUCUUUAAGUGCUGAAAGAAGAACCCUUGAAGUUUUAACGAAUGACCAUGAGAUUAUUCCUUUCUCUCUCGUUUGGAGGGAGGGGAUAGAUAUAGUAUAGCUAUAUUGUUCUAUAUGGCUGGCUAUAUUAUGGAAGGUUAGACGUAUUAUGGUUGGAUGGUUUAGAUCGUGAAAGAUUCUGACGCUGGAAUUUUGCUAUGCCUCUCAGUUGACCAGUUAACCAGACACUGUGCUAGUGUAACUCAUGAACAGUCAUAUGAUCCCCGACUUUUUCUCUGGUCUAGUUCAUAUAUUUCUUGCCCUCCCACUGGGAGCUCUAGGAUUCUUGGGGACAUGCCCCAACUACUAGAUCACAACUCCAAUUCUCUAGGCAUUUUAGGGGUGAUCCCAAUGUUGGAAAGGAAUAAGUUACUACUUAUUAUAAUCACUUAUGAGUCCCCAUUAAUAUGCCUCCCAUUUACACAAUUAUGAUGACACCAGUAGUUCUUUUUUAUUAUUAAUAUUUUAACCCUUACUUUCCAUCUUAGAAUCAAUACUGUGUAUUAGUU